AUGAGUUCCAGUGCUCUUGCAUUUUCUAAAAACAAAAGUGAGUUGGAUUCAGGUACUUCUCGUGAUCCGGCGACUCAUUUUGACAUGUUGGAUGUAUCACUGGAUGCCAGUAGGGUCGUCCAAAAACUUAAUGAUCUGGCCGAUAAAAUGAAGCCAUCAAGCAGCUCUAAGCCCAUCAUAAAGCUUUCUAUCGGUGAUCCGACUGUUGAUGGUAACCUUACCCCUCCUGAAACUUUGAAGGAGGACCUGAUCGAGAUUAUCCGAAGCGACAUGUACAACGGCUACCCGCCCGUGCUGGGCUACGAUGAGACGCGUCAGUCCGUUGCCGAGUAUUGUCGUGGUUUCUGCAAAACCCCGGAGCGCAAGGCAUUGAUUGACUGGAACAACGUCAUCAUGACCUCGGGUGUCUCGCACGGCAUCGAGCUCGCGAUCGCCGGGCUCUGCAACCCAGGCGACUGCAUCCUGGUCCCGCAGCCGUGCUUCCCGCACUACCAAACCGUCUGCGAGCGGUACCGCGUGGAGUGCCAGGCCUACCCGCUGGAUGCGAAGCGGAACUGGCAGUGUAACCUGGAACGCGCGGCCCAGCUUCGGACGCCCCGCACGAGGUUCGUCGUGAUCAUCAACCCGUCGAACCCUUGUGGGAGCAACUACACCCGUGCACAUCUGGAGGAGAUCCUCACGUUCUGUGACACGCACAAGCUGGGCCUGCUCUCGGAUGAGAUCUACGCUGAGAUGGUCUUUGAGGGGCCGCCGUUCACCUCCGUCGCGGACUUCGACACCCGCGUGCCGCGGGUGGUGCUCUCCGGCGCCUCGAAGUGGUACGUUUGCCCGGGCUGGCGAAUCGGGUGGGCGGUGCUGAUCGAUCCCGAGGGCGUGGCGCAGGGAUGGCUGAGGGGUAUGGAUCGGCUGGCGCAGCUGAUUUGUGGACCCAGCUCGAUUUGCCAGGUCGCGGUCGGGCGGGAGUUGCUCAGGAAGUCGCCGAAGCGCACGGAGGAGGUCUGUCAGACCCUCCGCGAUGGGUUAAAGGUGUUCGAACGACUGCUGGAGCACGACAUUGGUAUCUCCUUCUGUAACCCCUGUGCUGCCAUCUUCAUCAUGCUGUGUAUCAACUACGACUACUUCAAGGACAUUUCCUCUGACAUGGAGUUCUACGAAAAAUUGCUUGACGAAGAGAACGUGCAGGUCGUUCCUGGGGAAAUAUUUGGAACCACUGGGUUUGUUCGUGCCACCAUAUCGCGUCCGAAGCCCAUACUUAAUGAGGCGGUAGAUCGUAUUAUCUUGUUCUGUGAACGCCAUAAGAGAUCUUAA